GUUUUUAAUGUCGGCUGACGAAAGUGUAAAUUGCUCUGUAUUGGCUUACUAGGCUGCAACAUUCUGAUAAGGUAUUGUACAGCCUCAGUAGUUGACAACAACGCAUCGGGCUCUCAAAAGGUCCCCAGUAACUUAUUAGGGUCUACGUCGCAUUAUGGAUAAAGCUGAAGCCUCCGACUCAAGCAGUGGUUCAGAAACCAGCGGCGCAUCGUCAUCGGUCACGUUCUCGUCGGGCCCGGACUACUUCACCUUCUACGAUGUAUUCUUCUGGCGUGACGCCCCAGACUGGUAUCGGAAGACGUUCUACGCAACUGGCUUUGGGUUAGCGUAUGCGGGCCUCAAGCAGUACCUAAACAGGCAUGAGCUGGAGGUGUUCCUGCCGCCGCGCUCCAAGGUGCUGCCCACCAAGCUGCAGUCGGGGUACCGCAACUCGCAGAUGCUCAAGUACGGCUUCCUGCGCGUGGGCAAGGAGGUGACGGUGAUUGCUGGGGUUUCAGCCACCUUCUACGGCGGGGCGUACUACCUAGGGGAGUACCGCGGGGAACACACGUGGCACAACUUCGCCGCCAGCGGUGCGGCCGCGGGAGCAGGCGCCGCACUGUGGCUGCUGCGGCCGCUACGAGCUCGGCCGGUGGCGUUCGGGGCGCUGCUGGGCGCUGCGCUGGGGGCGUCGUGCGGGCUGGCGCUGACGGCGCUGGGGCAACCCUACUGGGAGGAGGGACACGACUUCGAGGGCUUCUUCCUGGGUAGCAAGGUCAACCUCAAAACCAAGCGGAAGGAGGAGCAGGAGCAGGGGCAAGGGCAGGGGCAGGCAUAGACGGGUGGAAUGCAGGGGGGAUGAGGGAUGCAGGUGAUUGUAAGGUCGGAGGGCUGUUGGAAUGAGGUGCUUAUGCACUGUGCUUGGCCUGGUCUGACGCCUCGCAGCUGCUGGUCGUUGACAGGUUUAUAGAGCCACGCUGGAUGUAAUGUGAUGACUUUAUGGAAACCUAGGAGACAUUACUGUGUGAUUAUGGACGUGGGAGGUGUAGCUUAGCACAGGAUGGCUAGGACCUUUCGCGCAUUGGUCGGAAACAGGCAUCGGGGCAUCCUUAUUUUUG